AAAUGUGGGUUGGACAGACGGCUAGACAGCGUUUGGCGCAUUUGCAGAGAAACGAAACUCUAGCGCAGAGCAGAAACAAAACUGUUAGGAAGUGCGCAGGGGGUUCGUUUAGGAGGUCAAUUUUUGGACGUAGACAGAGAGGAGGCUUGAAUGAUGGCUAACUCACUGGUUUACGGGUUAGUGUUGGUGUGCAUGAUAACGGGCACCACGGGCAGCUUCAUGGUGACGGAUAAUCCUUAUGAACAAUAUACCACUCACAGGUGGCCAGACUGGACAGCCACACGUGAGUGGUACUGGACAACCCCACGUGGGGGGUACUGGACAUCAAGCCCUUCCCCAGGCCAAGACCUGACUGGGCGUAUGUUCAGCGUGAUGUCCGGGAGUGUCGUCACGUUCCGUGGCCCCCUCCGUUACGGCAACAUCAAUGCGUUCACCGUCUGCCUCCGCAUCAUUGCGGAAGCCACACCGGGUGCCGCCAUAUUCACCUUGACGACGAGCAACAGCGCCACCCUCACCCUGAGGUCGAUGCCCUCGGGGUACGAGCUGACGGUGGGCCAGGCAUCCAAAAACCUCCAGCCCGUGUCAGCGAUCCCCUCGUUUGGGAAGCUCUGGCCGUGGACCAGCCUGUGCGUGACCUGGGACUCAAACACAGGCAUGACCCAGAUGUGGAAGGAUGGGAAGAUGAGUGUCAGGAAAGGCAUGUGGAGGGGGCAGAAUUUCUACGGCCCCGCUACGAUGACUCUAUCAGGGUUCGAAGGUCAGGUGACUGACAUUCACAUGUGGGACAAGGUCCUCCCUCUCUCCGGCCUGCGCUCCUACAACCAGGGCUGGGGCUAUCCCUUCGGAAAUAUGCUGAGCUGGCGUGACAUGGGUUACACCUCCCAGGGCUACGCCAUCCUGGAGAACGCCUUCGAAAGCCAGGGGGGACCUGCUGAGAAAGACAGCACCGGGAAGCAACAGCGGAGGCACUGGCGGAGGCACGGGGAGCUGGGUAAUGUAGUCCAGGGGGGCGCAGACAGCGUAGGAGGUUGCUUUGGGCUGCGAAAGCGUUGUGGGAAGAGCCAGGUGCUCUUGGAGUAAGGAGCGACUUACUGGAAGCUUCUGCAGUCAUGUUUAAUCAGAAUGAAGCAAGUGAUUUCUACUAUUUCAACAUUGAUUGUUACACUGAAUUAAGAUCAAUUAUUUCACUUUUUAACCUGAUUUUAAAUCAUAAAAUGUCAGAAACCAUAUGUAUUUGUGUGAGGAAAGUAUGUUCACCAAUCCUACUGUGAUGGUCAGCUGCUUGAGCGUCUCAAUAAACUGCAUUUUAAAAUGG